AUGACGAUGAUGUCAGAUCUUCCAAGGGAUUUGGAAGAGGAGAUUCUCUCAAGAGUUCCUAUGAAGUCUUUGAGGACAGUGAGAUUAACUUGCAAAAAAUGGGACACUUUAUCCAAAAAUCACACAAAGGAAGGGAAGUCUCACGUGAUUGUCUUGGUAAAGGACAAUGUUCACCUAAUGAGCGGUGUCAUCAACGACGUUAUUCCAUCUAUAGAGCCUGAAGGGAAACUUACUUGCCUUGACGAACAAGUCAAGAUAUCUUACUUUCUUCACUGCGAGGGUCUAUUGUUAUGCAUCUUGAGAGGCGACAACUCUGGGCUUGUGGUUUGGAAUCCGUAUUUGGGGCAAACAAGGUGGAUCACACCCAGAUAUUCUUCUUGCCUCGCACAAUUCUUUCGGGGCCGUUACACGUACGCUCUCGGAUACGUGAAUAAGAAGAACAAAUCCUGUCGUAGCUACAAAAUCUUGAAGCACUUUGCGUGGUCUGAAAUCUACGAUUUUGACUCUGAUUCAUGGACGACUCUUGAUGUCACUUCAAACUGGCAUAUAUCACAUUUAAACUACUUGGGGGUUUCUCUCAAGGGAAACACUUACUGGCGUGUUGAAGAAGGCAACUCAUAUCACUUGGUUUGUUUUGAUUUUACAAGCGAGAGAUUUGGGCCGCUUCUUCCUAUACCGCCGUUUAACUCUUCGGAUGUAGACAUUGUGAACCUAUCUUGUGUUAGAGAAGAGAAGCUUGCUGUUUUAUUUCAGCAUGAGGGAUCAAACAAGAUUGAGAUAUGGAUUACGACUAAGAUUGAGGCCGAAAAGUUGUCGUGGAGCAAGUUCUUGACUGUGGAUCGGGGACCAGUCAUUGACUAUACGUUUUCAUAUGAUACUAGGAGCUUCUUAAUUGACGAGGAGAAGAAACUCGCUGUGGGUUUCGUUGUAAAUGGUUUUGGUCAAAAGACAGUUAUCAUCUUUGGAGAGGCUGGAGACUUAAGGGAAGUGGAUCUCGGAGAAGCCGCACAAAUAUGCUAUUAUGUUCCAAGUUUAGUGCAAUGCAUCAAGAAACCUAAUGUUCCAAGUUUAGUGCUAAUAUCUUAUCGCACUUGA